AUUUGAAAAUCACACUGUCGCACUAACGUCCCUCUCUUUCUCUCUCUCUCUCUCAGCCGGUCGGCCCUAUUCUGCUUGAUCUUUUCAGACGAAGGUUUUCUUCCUUCAUCGAGAUCUUAGUUGAUCAUUUUCCUCUUCGUCACAUUCUUUUGAAGUCCGAAAUUAGGUCUAGGUAAGAAGGAAAAUCAGAAAUGCCGCCGGUUUCAGAGGCCGGGAGUGCCGUCCGCAACCGAUGUCCUGCUCAAGAACCACUGUUUUUCCUGCCAGAAACCGAUCCAUGUAGGUUCUCCCCAGCUAUAUCAAGAUCCGCUUCGAAGGAAGGCAUUUCCAUGCUCGGUGAAGAUAAGGAACGAGACAACGAACAGUUUGACACGGCAUCAGCGCUCACACGGACCUUCGAACUGCAUGAAGACCCUCACUUCUGGAAAGACAACAAUGUUCAGGUCAUCAUCAGAAUUCGACCCCUUAACAGCUCUGAAAUUUCUCUUCAUGGUCAUCGAAGAUGUGUUAGGCAAGAUGGGCCUCAGAGUAUCACUUGGACUUGUCAACCACAGUCUCGUUUCACAUUUGACAUAGUCGCAGAUGAAAAUGUUAGCCAGGAGAAGCUUUUCAAAGUGGCUGGAUUGCCGAUGGUAGAGAAUUGCAUGGGAGGAUACAACAGUUGCAUGUUUGCAUAUGGUCAAACUGGAAGCGGAAAGACUCAUACAAUGCUUGGGGACAUUGAGGGAGGAAGUGGCAGACAUAGCGUGAACUGUGGAAUGACACCUAGGGUAUUUGACUACUUGUUCUCAAGGAUUCAAAAGGAAAAGGAGGCACGAAGGGAUGAGAAGCUAAAGUUCAUUUGCAAAUGCUCGUUCCUUGAAAUAUAUAAUGAGCACAUUUUAGAUCUUUUAGAUCCUUCCUCUUCAAAUUUACAGAUAAGAGAAGAUGCAAAGAAAGGUGUUUAUGUGGAGAAUUUGAGAGAAUUUGAGGUUUCAAGUGUGCGCGAUGUAAUGGAGCAGCUUCUUCAGGGUGCAGCAAAUAGAAAAGUAGCUGCCACCAAUAUGAACCGUGCAAGUAGUCGGUCUCAUAGUGUUUUCACAUGUGUUAUUGAAAGCAAGUGGGAGAGACAAGGUGUAAGUCACCACCGGUUUGCUCGUUUGAAUCUUGUGGACCUUGCUGGUUCAGAAAGGCAAAAGAGUUCAGGAGCUGAAGGUGACCGGCUGAAGGAAGCUACAAACAUCAACAAGUCACUUUCUACAUUGGGGCUUGUAAUCAUGAACCUGGUGAACAUCUCUAAUGGAAAAGCACAACAUGUUCCUUAUCGUGAUUCAAAAUUGACCUUUCUUCUUCAGGAUUCAUUAGGUGGGAACUCCAAGACAACUAUUAUAGCAAACAUUAGCCCCUCCAGUUGCUGUUCACUGGAGACACUGAGCACCUUGAAAUUUGCUCAACGAGCAAAAUUUAUUAGGAACAAUGCGAUUGUAAAUGAGGAUACUUCAGGAGAUGUCCUUGCUUUGCGCAUGCAGAUUCAACAGCUCAAGAAAGAAGUUAACCGCUUGAGGGCUAUAGCCAAUGGGGGACCAGAUAACCCAGAAAACGAGAGUUUGAGCAUAAGCUUCCCUGGUUCACCUGGGUCUUUCAAAUGGGAUGCAUUGCAAGGAUCACUCAGUCCACUUACAUCUGACAAAAAGGUCUUUAAGAAGAGGGAUCUUGAGGCUGCUCUUGUAGCUGCUAUAAGAAGAGAACAGGAUAAAGAAGCAUCGUUGAAAGCAUUAGCUGCCGAAAAUCAGGCUACCCUGCAACUGGCAAAGCAACGAGAAGCUGAAAUCCAAGGCUUAAAGAUGAGACUUAGGUUUCGUGAAGCAGGAAUAAAGAGAUUGGAGGCACUUACUUCUUCAAAGAUAUCUGUUGAAGAACACCUUCUACAAGAGAAAAAGGAACUUAUUAAGGAGAUAGAUAUUCUCCGAGGCCAAGUGGAUAGGAACCUAGAUGUAACUAGGUUUGCCAUGGAAAACUUGAAAUUGAAGGAAGAACUUAGAAGGUUCCAGUCAUUUUAUGAGGAUGGCGAAAGAGAGAUGUUGAUUGAGCAAGUUGACAUACUACAAGACAAGCUGCUUGAAGCACUGGAUUGGAAGUUGAUGCAUGAGAGGGACAUGGACAGAGUUCAGAAAGGAAGCAUCGCAACAAGCAUCCUGAUGGGGAAUGAUGAUAACUUGUUGACAUCUACCCAGGAUAUAUCAUCGCAUCUGGACUAUUCUUCCAUCCGUGAAGAGAAUGAAGUCCUUCAAGUGCAGGUUAUUCAGUGUCAGAGAGAAGUUGAGGCGCUACGCAAAAAUCUGAAGACUUGUCUUGAUGCCAAAGAGAAACUGGAGAGGAGGGUUGAUGGUUUAGUAUUGCAGCUUGAGGAAGAGAAGAAGAUUACGGAGAACAUAAAAGAAUCAAUAAAGCAGAAAACAGAUGAUCACAACUUGUCAAGGACAUGCGAUCCAGGAGCAAGCAGUGUCUCUGAUCAGAUGGAACUUAAAGCCAUGGUUGACGCAAUUGCGGUUGCUAGCCAGAGGGAAGCUGAAGCUCAUGAAACUGCCAUUUUUCUAGAAAAAGAAAAUAAUGAAUUGCGGAAAAAGUUGAAAUCUCUGAUUGAAAACAAGGCUGGACUGAUUGAGCUGCAUGAAGGUAAAAUUUCAGCUGAUGAUACAAAUAUGAAGGGGAUACUUAAUGAAGAAACGGUAGAUGAAGAUCACGAUAAUCUCCUUCACAUGAAGGAUGUCAAAGUGCUGGAAGAGCAGCUGCACGAAAUGCAUGAAGAGAAUGAUAAACUGAUGGGAUUAUAUGAGAACGCUAUGCAGGAAAGAGAUGCACUGAAGAGGAAGCUCCAGUCCAUGGAGAACAACAUCGAUGAAGUAAAAAGAGUAGGAUAUGAAUGUGAAGAAACAGGUAAACUACAGGCUGAAGCUCAAGUGUCGAAGGAGGAACUAAACAUGGCUUUGAAGAAGUUGCAUCUGGCAGAAGACAAAUUCAAUGAAGUAGUGAUGGCCGUGGGUAUCUUUGACACAAUCAAGAAAACAUCCUGUGAGAUUGAAAAGCUCCAUGAAGAAAUUGAAAUAGCUGAGGAUAAUAAUUGGAUGAAGGAAAGGGAGAUUGCAUUCAUUGAACUCGUGUAUGCUGAAUUCGAGGAGAGCAGAUCCAGAGUCAAUAGUAGAUUCUACGGUUUCAAAUCACACGUGUCAAAUCUACAUGAAACAAAUCACCGUUUGGAGCAGCAAGAAGCUCAAGCAAGAGCUAAGUUGAGCGAGUUUUCAUGUCUUCUGGAUCAAAAGAAGAAGUGCUUAGCUGACCUGCAAGCUCGGAUGGAGAAUGUUAAGUGUGCACAUUUAAAGUCUCAAGAACAAGAAAUUACCACGCAAAACAUCAUUAGCAACCUAAAAUCAAGGCUGGAAGCUGCUGACAAUCGGAGGAAAGAAACAGAGAAGGCAUUAUUCGUUGAUAGCACUAACAAGCCAGCCUUUUUGACACAGAACGUCAGACAGUUGCAGCUGGGUAAAGCUGCUGAAUUGUUGAAGGCUGAAGAAGAGAGGACAAAGCUUCCAGUUGAGCUAAGGCAAGCAGAAGGGAAGAUCAAGUUCAUUAAAAGAGAGGCAGAACAACUGAAGGUGCAAUACAAGGCACUGGAUAUUGAGUGUCAAAGCGUUGAAGCUGAAGUAACUGCAGCAAACAGGGCUGUAGAGGAUGCCAACUGUGAGCUGCAAAAUCUUACUUCAGAAAGAGGAUCUCUACUGCAGUUAAGGGAGGAGGCGCUGGAAGAGCUCCACUUGUUAAUACUGAACUACCAAACCAUCACCUUUGAAAUAGACAGUAAGGUCGAAGUGAAAAAGAUCCUGGAAGAGGAACUGGAGGCAGGGGUGAGACGAUUAAAGGAACUAGAAGCAGCAAAACUAGCUGCCGUAAAAAAGACAAACCAAUUAUUGGGGGACAACGUGAAGUUAGACGCACUAGGAGAUACGCAGAGAUAUGUAGCUGAAGCUAAAGCUUUUUUAGUUAACAAUGUAAGACAUUAAUGUACUACUUUGGCCUUGAAUGAUAAUGUUCAUUCGGCCCAUUCUUUCCGACAGUGAAGUAUAUUAUUCAUGUGUGGGUGUGUGCGAGUUGGUGAAAGAUAACAACAAAAAUGUACUUUAUUUA